AGUGCUCCGCCGCAGCGACCCGCGGGCCGGCGGGCUAGCGAGCCAGCGCAGGACCCGCGGCUCGGCCCCCGGCCGCCGCCGGACCGAGAGCCGAGCCGCCGCCCCCAGCCCAGCCCGCCCGGCCGCAGGACCGCCGGGGCCUGGCAGCGGGUCGGGCGUGCGCCAAGUUCAGCCGGCACCGGCACGGCCAGGCCAGCAUGGUGGACCACUUGCUUCCAGUGGACGAGAACUUCUCGUCGCCAAAAUGCCCAGUUGGUUAUCUGAGUGAUAGGCUGGUCAGCCAGCAGGCAUAUCACAUGCUGCCCUCACCCCUCUCUGAAGACGACAGUGAUGCCUCCAGCCCCUGCUCCUGUGCCAGUCCCGACUCUCAAGCCCUCUGCUCCUGCUAUGGUGGAGGCCCGGGCACCAAGAGCCAGGACAGCAUCUUGGACUUCCUACUGUCCCAGGCCACGCUGGGCAGUGGCGGGGGCAGCGGUGCCAGCAGUGGCCCCAUGGCCUGGGGGCCCUGGCGAAGGGCAGCGGCCCCUGUGAAGGGGGAGCAUUUCUGCUUCCCCGAGUUUCCUUUGGGUGACCCUGAUGACGUCCCAAGGCCCUUCCAGCCUACCCUGGAGGAGAUUGAAGAGUUUCUGGAGGAGAACAUGGAGCUGGGAGUCAAAGAGGCCCCAGAAGGCAACAGCAAGGACUUGGAUGCCUGCAGCCAGCUCUCCGCUGGGCCACACAGGAGCCACCUCCAUCCUGGGUCCAGCGGGAGAGAGCGCUGUUCCCCUCCACCAGGUGGUGCCAGUACAGGAGGUGCCCAGGGCCCAGGUAUUGGCCCCACACCUGAUGGCCCCAUCCCAGUGCUGCUGCAGAUCCAGCCUGUGCCUGUGAAGCAGGAAUCGGGCAUGGGGCCGGCUUCCCCUGGGCAAGCCCCGGAGAAUGUCAAGGUUGCCCAGCUCCUGGUCAACAUCCAGGGGCAGACCUUCGCACUUGUGCCUCAGGUGGUGCCCUCCUCCAACUUGAACCUGCCCUCCAAGUUUGUGCGCAUUGCCCCUGUGCCCAUUGCUGCCAAGCCUGUCGGGUCAGGACCCCUGGGGCCUGGCCCUGCUGGUCUCCUUGUGGGCCAGAAGUUCCCCAAGAACCCAGCCGCAGAACUCAUCAAAAUGCACAAAUGUACUUUCCCUGGCUGCAGCAAGAUGUACACCAAAAGCAGCCACCUCAAGGCCCACCUGCGCCGGCACACGGGCGAGAAGCCCUUCGCCUGCACCUGGCCGGGCUGCGGCUGGAGGUUCUCACGCUCUGACGAGCUGUCGCGGCACAGGCGCUCGCACUCGGGCGUGAAGCCGUACCAGUGUCCUGUGUGCGAGAAGAAGUUCGCGCGGAGCGACCACCUCUCCAAGCACAUCAAGGUGCACCGCUUCCCGCGGAGCAGCCGCUCCGUGCGCUCUGUGAACUGAAAAUGCCCCGCAUCCCCGCCUGUUCCCUCACCCCAGAUCCCCACCCCAGCCACAUUUUUUUUUAAGCAAUAAUUUAUUUGCCUCCUCCAGAGGAACAUGACAAUGUUACCAGCCCACCUUCUGAAGCCUGGGAGGUGUGAACCCAGGGCCCGCCAACCGCUGCCUUUCUCGGGAGGACUUAGAGCCUCGCACCCGCAUCCCUGCGGGCUGGGCCCCGGCACACGGGGCUGGAGGCAGGCCUUCGUGCCUUUGUGCCUUCGUGCCUUCCGGCGGUGGCCAGGCCUCUGCUGCAGCCACCGGUUGCAGGCAGAAUUUUGGGGACCUGGCCCUUCUACCACUGGGCUCCCCACCUGGGCCAAGGCCAGAACUUUAGUGCUCGGGGAAGUGAAAUGUGCAGUUUUGAAAUGUUUGGUUCCCAGAGAGAGUCACCCUGGGGGAGGAGGAAGUAGGCCAGAAGUAGGGCUGUACUGUGGUGUGAGGGUGGCUUUGUCCAAGAUGCCUGCUCAGCAUGAUCACCAGAGGGUGUGGGCAGAGCCCAGGAGGGGCGGGGCAGUACCAGGCGGCUGGGGCCUCAUGCAGGAGAGAGGUGAAAAGUGUCCCCCAUUGGGGGGCUGGCAGUGCAUGUGCUUGAGUUAAAUGUGCAGGGCAGACAGAGCCAGAAGCGCCUGUAUCCAGGGACACGUCCCUCCUCCAGUUUCCCAGACAAAUCCAGACACCAGCCUCUAGGGUGGCCUUGGGAGGAGAGGGCCAGGCUGUCCUGGGUGUGAGAGAACUAGAUAGAGCCUCCCAACCCUGAUUUAGAAAUGCAUUCCUUAUUUUGUCUAGAAAUUAAUAAAUGAACUAGCUUGUUUUGACAGGUUUAUUUCACAUCCUAUGAAUGUAUGUAAAUAAACUGUACAUAGGUCCAUCCACAUAAAAUAUCUUUUAAUAACAUAUCAACAUUUGUGUAAAUUUGAAAUUUAAAAAAUCUAUGAAGCUGGUGUACAUAUGUUACAAUUAUGUAUAUUUUCUUUGGUCCUUCAUAAAAAUAUAUUUACUUUGCCAAUAAAAAGAAAAAGAACUCACA